AUGGACAGUCCACUUCCUCAUAUUAUGGAAAGUAGUGAUAUGGCGUAUUCUAAGCCGAAAGAUAGGUUAGUCAGUAUUCUGGAUCAAAUUGAACUAAGAGUUGAGCAGCUAAGACGAGAUGCUUCAAGACUUGAAGAAGAAAAAGACAAUAUGCUUUCAACCCUCGAUACUCUAAAAAACAGCGACGAAUAUCUUGAUCCUCUCGAAGAUCCUGAUCGUGAAGAUAUACUUCGGUAUGCUGAAAGACUUUCGAUGAGAUGCUUAACAGUCGAGGUGAUGGUAAAAGUUCAACGUGAUGAUGUUCAACAGGAUGCACUUCAUCAAGUAAACGGGUUGAUUGAUAGUCUAGUUAUUGCAUUAAAAAAUGAUCCCGGUUCAACUCGUCACCGUUGUGCUGCUUUUAUAAACGCUUGCUCCUCUCAUGUUGAGGGACAAGGUCACUCAGAUAAAACUUUUGAAACUGCAAUUCUUGGGUGUACUCUAGAUGAUCAAAAACGUAUUAAAAAAAGACUUCAAGGUUUGUUAGAUUAUAUUGAUAAGGUCCACACUUUUGAAUUGCAAUAA